GUUCUCAUCGCGGUGGUGUGAGCUCCGCCGCGCUCGAGCGGCCUGGGACCAGGCCUUUGUUAGCCCAGCGCAUCCUAGGCGUUGUGGCCGCCCCGGGUUUCGCUCGGCGAGGCUGAUCAGUGCUUUCACAGCGGGGACGAUCAGGGAGACGCUCCACUCUAUAGGGCCUCCUUUCUAAGCCUAACUCGGUGGCAGAAGACCUGGAAAACUUUGAAAACAAGUUCAGAUUUCCAGGCUUGCCUCCGUCCACUAAAUCGGAAAGCCUCCAAGGCAAAGAAGCUCAGAAGGGACCUCUGCUCUUCGACGACCUCCCUCCGGCCAGCAGUACUGACUCAGGUACAGUCUUCAGGCUCUCCCAGGAUCAGGGGGACCUUUGCUUUUUGAUGAUCUCCCACCAGCCAGCAGUGGGGAUUCAGGUUCUCUUGACGCUUCGAUGUCCCAGACGGUAAAGAACGAAGGGAAAGGAGCAAAGAGAAGAGCCCCUGAAGAAGAGAACGGCAGCGAAGAGCUUGUGGAAAAGAAAGUUUGUAAAGCCUCCUCGGUGAUCUUUGGUCUGAAAGGCUACGUGGCUGAGCGGAAGGGCGAGCGGGAGGAGAUGCAGGACGCCCACGUCAUCCUGAACGACAUCACUGAGGAGUGCAGGCCCCCAUCGUCCCUCAUUACCCGGGUUUCAUAUUUUGCUGUUUUUGAUGGACACGGAGGAAUUCGAGCCUCAAAAUUUGCUGCACAGAACUUGCAUCAGAACUUGAUCAGGAAAUUUCCUAAAGGAGACGUAGUCAGCGUAGAGAAAACCGUGAAGAGAUGCCUUUUGGACACUUUCAAGCAUACUGACGAAGAGUUCCUUAAACAAGCUUCAAGCCAGAAGCCUGCCUGGAAAGAUGGCUCCACUGCCACGUGUGUCCUGGCCGUGGACAACAUCCUGUACAUCGCCAACCUCGGAGACAGUCGGGCAAUCCUGUGUCGGUUUAAUGAGGAGAGUCAGAAGCACGCGGCCUUAAGCCUCAGCAAGGAGCACAACCCCACCCAGUAUGAGGAGCGGAUGAGAAUACAGAAGGCUGGCGGGAACGUCAGGGACGGACGUGUCUUGGGUGUGCUGGAGGUGUCGCGCUCCAUCGGGGACGGGCAGUACAAGCGCUGCGGGGUCACCUCUGUGCCAGACAUCAGACGCUGCCAGCUGACCCCCAACGACAGGUUCAUUUUGCUGGCCUGUGACGGCCUCUUCAAGGUCUUUACCCCGGAAGAAGCUGUCAACUUCAUCUUGUCCUGCCUGGAGGAUGAGAAGAUCCAGAGCCGAGAAGGGAAGCCCACAGUGGACGCGCGCUAUGAAGCAGCCUGCAACAGGCUGGCCAACAAGGCAGUGCAGCGGGGCUCGGCGGACAACGUCACGGUGAUGGUGGUGCGGAUAGGGCAGUGAGGGCGCGGCGAGGCCAGGGUCGCGGCAUGUGCAGACUUCAGAGGUUCAUUGUGUGUGUGUGUGUGUGCACAUUACGUGUGUUUCGUGUACUCCUGUGGGACUCCCAUGGUUGUAAAUAAAGGUUUCUUUUUUUUUCUAGUC